GCUUGUGAGCGUGUCUUUUCCUCCCUGCGGAGCUUGAACAUAUAAUCAGUCUAUUGUUAGUGCAUGUAAUUAGCGCAGUAUGCAAGAACUACACCAGCUAGUGAUUGGUAAGACUGCUCUCCUCUUGUUGUUGUUGGACUGUCUUGAGUACUAGAACCGAAAUUUAAAUUAUAUGAGCUGCUCUUGUCUCGGAUCUCGCAAAGAUUCAAGGGACAACAUGUCACCUUCGAUUGGCGACACUUCUGCGGCAGCACAAAUCCAUCCUCCAUCUUCCUCAAGUAGGAAAACGUUGCCUCAACCGCAAUUCGGAUACGAGUUUGUUGCGCCGUGCGAUUUUAGUACAACUGCUUCCUCUGGUUCUGAUGGUUCUACGCGAAAGGACGAGCCAAAUAAGGGUCGUAGUUUUUUCUUUCUGCGACAUGCAGAGUCAAUGGCGAACGUCGUCGACUAUGCUGGAGGCGAAAACAAGCUGCUUGACCCCGCGCUUUCCCCCUUGGGGGAGGAGGAAUGCAAGCGUUUAGGAACCUACCUCUACGAGAAAAUGUGCAGUGGCCCGCAAACAACAAAGAAGAUUCGGUUACUGGUGUCACCGUUGCGACGGACGUUUCAUACUGCGGACUUAGUGUUUGGCCCGAUUAUGGCCGAUCGAGAACGUUUCUCGGUAAGUGCGGACAUUUUUCCGGAUCUGCGUGAGACGCACCCGCGCGUAUCUAACUGGGGCAUUGUGUCUCAAGCCGAUUUUGACGCUCUAGAGCAGGAUAAAGAGGCGGCUCCGGAUCCUACAGAGUUGAGCGCAUUUUUUCUGAAGUUUGCGCCGUCAGUGGAAGUAGCGAAGGCAAGACUGGCAGCUUGGAAUAAAGUAUGCGAAAACGAGGAGCACAUGAUUGAUCCUGACCGCUUAUUCGCAGUGCGCACAGCAAUCCUUGAGGCAGUUGCGAAGGCCGACGUUGAUGAAGAGGUGGUUGUGGUCUCGCAUUGGGGCCUCAUCAAUGCGUUCGGCAACGCGUUUGCGAGUGGAUGGGCGGUUUCCGAUACCGAAGCAAUGGCAUACACACGUAGAGACAGCACCGACGCUGGGGUGCCUGACCCUGGUGCCGAAACAGGUGCAGCUUCCCAUGAUAGUGACAAUCAUGAAGCAGGACCUCAGCAUAAUUAUGGUAAGCCGUCGAGCGAACGUGAUGGGGGAGAUCGCAAAGGUGGAAGCGGGGAUGCAUUGCUUAGUCGAGUGACGGUUCCGGGUGAUGCAGCGCUUCUGAAGGCAGAUCGCUACGGCAAGCGCAUCUGGCGCGACUUUCAGAAGCCACGGACAGUCUCCGCAUCUUCGGAGAUGCUGGAGGAAACAAACGACGCGGGACCUGCUGUUAGUGAUGGUAGAGUAACCAGUGAGAAACAAGAAGUGCCGCAUGUGCGUUGUUAUGACCUGCUGAAUUUGUCCCUGACCAAAAUGUGGUUGCCACUAAAAAUAGGGUGAGUAAGCAAUUGAGUAGUAAUGAAAUGUUCUUUGCAACAACAUGCAACAACAACAAUGCGGAACCAUGAAAAAAUGGGCGGGAAGGC